UAACACCCAUGUGGCCAUGUUGCUUACACUAGUCUUACUCCAUGCCUUGGUUUCUUCCUUAAAUAUCCUUCUCCAUUUCAAUUCUCACCAUUAACUCAAUUCAAGAAAGAAAGAGCUGAUCAUCUUUUCAAAAUCUCACACAUUCUAUUGAAUUUCAAUCACAAAUUAGAAUUUGCAAUCAUGAGAAUUCUUUCCCUUCCCUCUACCUCAUUUUCACUUGUUGACUGCCAUGUUCCCAAGAAUUUGACAUAUGGGAAUGUAUCAUCAGUGACGUUGAUUCCAAUGGCGAGGUCUCAAUUUCAGCCUCAAAAGAGACGUAACUUUGGCAAUAGCAAUAGAACUCCAGGCUUUAGUUGGAUGGCAACAGUGGGAGAGAAAGUGCAGGUCUCAACUGUUCCUACUUCAGUUCCAGUUCGUGUGGCACUUGAAUUACUUCAAGCUGGCCAUCGUUAUUUAGAUGUCAGAACUGCUGAAGAGUUUAGUAAUGGGCAUGCUACUGGGGCCAUAAACAUUCCGUACAUGUUUAGAAUUGGCUCAGGUAUGACAAAGAACCCCAACUUCUUGGAAGAAGUGUUAAAACGUUUCGGGAAGGAUGAUGAAAUUAUAGUUGGGUGCCAGUUGGGGAAGAGAUCAUUUAUGGCUGCGACUGAUCUUCUUGCUGCUAGAAAAUUAGCAAUACAAAGGGACGCUGCGUUUCCGAUAGACAGGUUGACAUUCCUCCUAGUAGGCUAUCAACUCAGCGAAGGUGUUGGUGUACUCCACUUGCUCCGGAGUUGCCUAUUUGGGAUUUAGUGGGGUGACUGACAUUGCUGGAGGAUAUGCUGCUUGGACAGAGAAUGGUCUUCCGACUGACUCUUGAUGUACAACAUAUAUUAAUAACACCAUCUUAAUUACUACUAUGUACAGUAGUCAACGUAACGAAGUCAAUUCCCUUAAGCACAUCAAAAUGCGGACAAGUUUGGUGGAAAUAUAAACAAGCAGCUUAAAUACUUGUACAGUAAUUUCUAGGCGAUAUCCUAUGUGGUGAAUCUGAUAAGCUUACUGAAUUACCCAAAAUAAAUAAAUAAAUAAAUUGCAAGCAAGAUGUGUAAAUGUUCUCCUCAUUCUGAUGAAAUAAAUAUUAUUGCCUGAAAGUGCUCUCAUCAGC